UUUAACCGCAACCGUUAUCACCUUCCCUCCUCCGAAGAAACUUUAUGGACCACUCUCCUACCACUUUUAACCACUUAGUAACACAACCAACAAAAAGCACCGUGGCUCAGGAUACAGUUCCUCCAUCACCAACAACAAAACGUUUCCGAACGUCCGCAGAACGAAAAGCAGAACUCCAAGCUGACCCAUGGUUGGAUCCUACCAAGGUCACGGCCAAGAAGGUUCGGUGUUUGGGUUGUGGAAAUGAUGUUAAGCUGGAUAUGAGGGAAGGGUCGGAUUAUUAUCCCGCGAGAUGGAAUAAACAUAAGAAGAGUUGUAGGUAUGUUCAGGAGGGGAGGAGGAAGGCUGAUGGUGAUCAAGAACAGGAAAGUGGGCAUUUUAUGGCGACGACACCUUACGACGAGACGACACCCGGGUCUCGUACCCCCGUUUCUAAACCCAGCGCUGCUGCUCCCAUUGGAUUUCCAGUAGGAUGGACCGCAUCCAGUCUAAAAGGGGGUGGAUCGACCAUAAAGUCGACUGCAGAUUUAUUACGCGAGAUUGGAAGAGAAGGGCCCUUGAUUUGGGGUAGUAGACCUUCGACGCCAGCUUCCUCGGCACCUGGAACAGAAUGAUCCACUACAGGUGGGGAUUGUAAUGGAUUCUUUUGACUCCGUAUAAGGUUGCGAACCCAAGAAUCGGGUUUAAACUUUAUCGCGAAUGAUGCCUUUUACGAGCCACCGAAGCGCAGCCUCGAUUAGUUUUGUGCGCAGGCGAUAUGGCUGUUUCCAUUCAGUUCUGAGUACUGUGGCCCCCGAACCUCGAUUGGAACUGUAG